UGGCUGGGAGAGCUGCAAGAGCUGCAAGCGUUGCAGCCCUGCGAUGUUGUGUGUGCCUGCUGAGUGUGUCUGUCUGCUCUGCUGCAACCCGAGUCCUAUAGUGAAUAAUGCAGAGCAGAGCAGCUGAAUGAAUAAUGCAUUGUGCAAGUUUACUAGCACUGCUGUUAGCUUAACCAGAGCUGGAAGGAAGGAACCUGUGGCUGCCUCUGUCUGUCUCACUCUCUGACUAUCUGACUGACUGACUGGUACAAGGAGAACAUGUCCCACUACCAUUUUCUCAAAUGCUGUUGUUUUCAGCUAUGUAACGUGUUUCGUCAGAACAUGGAGAUCGACCAGUGUCUGCUGGAGUCUCUCCCGUUUGGCCAGCGCCAGCGUCUGGUCAGGAGGAUGCGCUGUGACCAAAUAAGGGAGUACUAUGAGCGGGAGAAGACCCUGCAGAAACUGGGAGGAGGAGUCAAGGUAAAAGCCCCGCGCACCAGCCACAUGAAGAGACACAGCAUUCGCUUCAGCCUCGGUGACAUCAUACAGGACGCCAUCGUACGCCACGACGACAAAGAAGUGCUGCGUCUACUGAAGGAGAGAGCUGACCCCAACACACCUAUCUCCUCUGGAGGAUCUCUUCUACACCUGUGUGCUCGUCAUGACAAUGUGUUUGUGGCUGAGGUUCUGAUCGAGCGAGGGUUAAACGUCAACCUGCAGGAUGAGGACCUCUGGACAGCCCUGCACAUAGCGUGUGUGUGUGACCACGCCGACAUGGUGCUGCUACUACUGCUGACUGGGGUGAAUGUUCUACUUCAGGAUGUGAAUGGAAACAUUCCACUGGACUACACCACCGAAGGAACCGAGACCAGCUACAUCCUCCGAAAACACCUAGAGGAAAACGGUAUAGAUGUGUUGUCCAUGCACACCAUGCGUACCCAGAGGCCCAGCACCAUGUUGUCUGAUGUUCGACAGCUGGUCUCCAGUGGGGUCAGUCUCAACCAACGCAACAGCGACGGGGUUACUUUGCUCCACAUAGCAUGUGCUAGUGGCUACAGGGAUGUGGUGUCUGUGCUGCUGGAGCACGGGGCGGAUCCUCAGCCCUCCGACAACGGCUAUUGGACACCUCUCCACCUGGCUGCCAAAUAUGGACAGACAAGCAUCGUUAGCCAGCUGCUGAAGCACAGAGCAGACCCAACUCUCCUGAACUGCAACCAAGACAAGCCCUCAGGCAUAGCAGCAUCUGACCCCAUCAUGGCUAUGCUGCUGAGAGCAGAGGAAUGCUGGGUAGAGAGACUGAAGGACCCCUCUGUCCCCCCGCCACCGUCAGAUGAGCGCUACGAUGGAGGCGCACACGACCACACCAUCCUCGUCAAGAACCUAACCCCCCUGUCCAUGUCCCUCUCUAAGAGGGACAGUCUGUUGGAGAGGUGUGCCAUGUUCAGUGAGGUGGGAGGGGGGCUGAGCCGACAACCCUCACUGGACAACGGUCUGGAGGGACCUACAGGACCCUACAGCAAACUAGAGCAGGUGAAGCUGAUGCCUCCAGCGCCUAAUGAUGACUUGGCGUCUCUCAGCGAACUCACAAACAGCAGCCUGCUCUACGAGAUGCAGAAACGCUUUGGCAAUGACCAGAUUUAUACCUACAUCGGGCAUAUUCUCCUCCUGGUCAAUCCUAACAAAGAGCUCCCCAUUUACUCUUCACUGGUGAGUCAGUUGUAUCUGAGUUCUUCAGGGCGUCUGUGCUCCUCUCUGCCUCCUCACAUCUUCUCCUCAGCAGAGAGGGCCUACCACAUGAUGCUGCAGGAGCGACGCCCGCAAUGCUUCAUCCUCAGUGGGGAGAGUGGUUCUGGGAAGACAGAGGCUUGUAAACACAUAGUGAGACACCUGGCAGUGAGGUCCAGCCCCAAAGGCUUCUCUCUUGAGCCCAGGAUGAAUCAAGUGAACUGUAUCCUGGAGGCGUUUGGUCAUGCCAAGACUCCCAUGAAUGACAACUCCAGUCGUGUCAUCAAACUACUCAGCCUGCAGUACUGUGACAAGAGAAAGACACUACUCAGAGCGCGGAUAUACACAUACAUGUUGGAGAAGUCCCGGGUGGUCCACCUGCCUCGUCAGCAACACAACUUCAACAUCUUCUACCUGAUGGCUGAGGGCCUGUCGCCUGAAGAGAAGAGUGCCCUACACCUCAACAACGUCCUGUCUCACAGGUACCUGAGUGCAGGUGUUCCCGCAGAAGACUCCCCUCCUGUGGCCUCAGCUUCAACUCAGAGUAGAGACCGUCUCACUGCAAUCAAACAGGCCCUCAGAGCACUGGGCUUCAACAAACUGGAGAUGGACAGUGUGUUUAUGCUGCUGUCAGUGGUGCUGCAAGUUGGGGACCUCAGCUUCAUUUCACUGACAGACGUUGAGACCGCCUACCCCUCCAACAUGCAGCUGCUUGAGCGAGUAUCUGGAAUGCUACAGGUGUGUUCUGAUGACCUUAGUUCUGCCCUCACCUCAGAUGUGCAAUACUUCAAAGGUGAUGUCAUCACACGGCGUCACACGGUGGAGAUGUCACAGCACUACAGAGACCAGCUGGCUAAAGCCCUGUACGGACGCCUCUUCAGCUACCUGGUCAACAACAGCAACUACUACCUACAGGGACAGGACGACAACAUGGGAGACCCUGCUCUUGAGAUUGGAAUCCUGGACAUCUUUGGAUUUGAGGAAUUCCAGAGGAAUGGAUUUGAGCAGCUGUGUGUGAACAUGACCAACGAGCGUGUGAGGCUGUAUGUCUCCGAGGUGCUGUUCCAGCAGGAGCAGGCCGAGUGUCUACAGGAGGCCGUCACCAUGGAGACGCUCCGGUCACCUGGCAACCAGCCUGCCAUUCUAGACUUUUUCUUCCAGAAGCCUCAAGGUCUGCUGUCUGUGAUGGAUGAGGAGAGUCAGUCGCUGAGGCCUACAGAACAGACGCUCUACAAGAGACUGCAGACACACCUCGACAACACACCCACACACGGCAUCUCCCUGACAACCAAGGACGGCAAUGGAAACCCCCCACCCAUAGACCAGGGUCCUGCCUUCACUGUGAAACACUACGCAGGCCAAAUGGCCUAUGACCUCACAGGAUCCCUGGUGAAGAACAAGGACUCCCUCCCCCAAAACCUGCUACUGGUUCUGAAGUCCAGUGAGAGUGUGUUGGUGCAGCAGUUGUUCCAGUCCAAGCUGACCCAGACUGGGUCUCUGGUACCGGGCCAGGCCAGGAUGGCUCUGAGAGGGCCCAAAGCAGCACUUCUCCUAAACAGGAUGUCAUCCCCCUCCACCCUGACCCCCGCAGGCCGCGAGCCUCGGAGGUACCUGGACCUCACCAAGCUCUUGAAGAAGAAGGGAGCAACAUCUUUCCUGCAGAGGCUGGAGAGGUGUGGUCCAGUUACGGUUGCUGUGCAGCUGAGGAACUCUUUGUCAGAUGUGGUCAGUAAGCUACAGGCGUGUACCCCUCACUUUGUGGAGUGUGUGCGCCCCAACAGCAGGUGCACGGCGGACUGCUUUGACAGUUUCCACGUGUCUACCCAGCUGCAGUACGUAGGGGUGCUGGAGAUGGUCCGGAUGAUCCGCUAUGGCUACCCUGUACGCCUGCCCUUCAACGGCUUCCUCACCAGGUACAGAGACCUAGUGGACACCACUCUAGCUGGCAAAAAGAAGCUGUCCUCGGAGGAGAAAUGUUGCUUUGUUCUGCAGCAGUGCAAACUCCAAGGAUGGCAGAUGAGCAGUAGUAAGGUGUUUCUGAGGUACUGGCAGGCUGACCAGCUCAAUGACCGCUGCCACCAACUACACAGGAAGAUCAUCACCUGCCAGAAAGUGAUCCGUGGCUGGCUGGCCAGACAGCGUGUGCAUCGUAGACUGUCAUCUCAACAGACGGAGGACUGCAGUGUCCAGAGGUUCCUCCAGGGGGCAGAAGACCAGGGCCUGCACACCUACGACCACCUGGUCAUCCAGAACGCCACCGACAUCGCCCGCGAAAGCGACCACCAGCGCUGCCAUGGCAACGGGUCACACGGCAACAGCCCGCCCCUCGGGGACAGGCCCGAGCCAGUUGGGAAAGAGGAGGACACACCCAAGAGGGUUGUGGAGAAGAGCAGAAGAAACCAAGAUGGCUCGGUUAGUGGGGGGAGCCGGACUAUCCGCCACUUCCGCUCCAGCUCAGUACCCAUCCCCCUGGCUAUGGAGAACUUGGUACAUUACAGCCCUGGACCAUCCAUCAAAACAGCCCUGCAGCAGGUGGCCUAUAACAACGAGGAUGGGGGAGGAGGGGGAGGGCUGGCGUCGCCACGGAAACAGCCUCCCCCCAAACCCAAGCGGGACCCCAACACUCGUUUGAGUGCGUCGUACGAGGCGGUCAGUGCCGGACUGACGCUGGGACCCUCGAGAGAGAGUCCCACCCCCGAAGGCUGCGGGUCGCCUGCAGGGAGCCCCCCAAAAACACAGCUGUCACCUACGGAUGCUCUGUCCAAGCCGCGGCCCCACAGUGAUGACUACACGACCAUGAGGAAGGUGCCUCCUCCCAAGCCCAAGAGGAGCCCAAACACCAAGCUCACGGGCUCCUACGAAGAGAUCAACGCUGCCGGCAUUAACCUCCUCCAGCUGCGCCCUGCCGACGUCAAACUGGCCCUGCUGUCCCGCGCUGGGGGACUGGGGGGGGUGAUGCGGCACACAGCGUCUGUGGAUGGCCCACAGGGGGUGACACUGAGCCUGCGCCAUGACCAGGAUGAGGAGGAUGUGUACAUAGAGAUGGUGGGGGCUCAUGCCAGGAGUUACAGUCUGGGAGGCGACCACCAGGACCCCCCCAACAGCCCCCAGCAGGGAGAUGCCGAGGCCGUCUACGAGGAGAUGAAGUACUUCCUGCCCGAGGAGGUGGGACUUCCGGUGGGAAGCACGGUUGCCAUGGCGACAGCCGCUGGAAAGUUGGAGGUGUUAGGGUUGAUGUUAGGGUUGGGCUUGUCUCCCUCUCAGAGUGGGGAGGGGAAGAGGGCAGGGCUGGGGGGUCUAGCCACCACUAUGGAGGCCCAAACAUCCGCCACCGGAGGGGCCAGCAAUAUCCCUGCACCCUUCCCCAACCUGCUCCCACACCGCCCCCCUCUCCUGGUGUUCCCCCCCUCCCCCGUCACCUGCUCCCCUGCGUCUGAUGAGUCGCCCCUCACCCCUUUGGAGGUGAAGAAGCUGCCUGUGUUUGAAACCAACCUGAACUACGCCCCCAGACAGCCCCCUCUCCCCCAGUACUCCCGCCAGCGUGCUGACUCCUCCCCCUCUCUCUCCGUCCUCCUCCCAGACAAGCCCACUCCUCCUCUCACCCCUCCUCCUCCUCCCCCAAUGCUGCCUCCUCCCUACCGCCCCCUCCCACUUUCCUUUCCCCCAGAGUCCAUUAUCCUCUCCCUUACCCGGGCUGCUUCCGUCACGGGAGGUGGCAGCUCGGACUCUCCCAAACCCUCCUACUCCUCCUCCUCUUCCUCCUCCUCUCAUAGGGCUGGAGGAGAGAAGCCCCCUCCCUACUCUCCGGCCAAGUCCACCCGUCCAGAGCCACGCCGUUCCCACUCCUGCUCCUCCUCGCCCCUGCUGUUCAACCCAGCCAACGGGAGACCCCUGACCAGCCCUCAGCCAGCCCUGGAUGAGCUCAACACCCUGUUUAGCUCUGGACGCAGCCUGCUCAAGAAGACCACUACAGGACGCAAGAUGAGGGAGGGAGGGUUCAACUCCAACAUCAACCUACCAGGUAGAGAGGAGCACCCAGGCUCCACCCCCACCUCCUCGUCUCCGCAGCUACAGGACAAGAACGCCAACAACCACACACCCCCCUCCCCAAGCCCCACUCCCAUUGAGAACGGCAACCGGCUGUCCAACGGGUCAAUGGAAGAUGAGGGUCACACAAAGUCAAACUCUUCCAGCUCAUCAUCUCUGCACAGGCAUAUGGACAGCCAUCACACUCAGGCGAUCCAGCGUCUACGUGGAUGUGGGGGGGACGAGGCCGCCACCCUGGGGGAGUUGCUCCGCUGGCGCAGGGCGCUGUGUGAGGGGCGGGCCGACUGGAGGCACCAACGGGACGUCAACGGAACACCACAAACCCCACCCACCACACUGGUCAGGGCUAAUAGGAAGUCUUCUCCAUAGUGGGAGGAUGUCCAACCUGGGAUAUGCCCACUUUCCAUGUCUCACACUGCCUUUCUUGUCUGCCUCCUGCCACGCCCUCCUGCCCAUGUCUGCCACCCCAUUCGGCAAAGGACAGGUCUGAGAGAGAGGCAUUUCAUUGGCUAGGACUGCCCAACCCACAAGAGCAUUAACAGAUAAAGGAGGGAGAAAGAAAAUAGAGCAGCAAUCAGGAUCCAUUUUAUCUUAUCUCUCUCUCUCUCUCUCUCUCUCUCUCUCUCUCUCUCUCUCUCUCUCUCUCUCUAACAAGCUGGAUGUAGGCUAACAGAGGAGAGGACUGUACAUACAAUAGUUGCUAUGUGGAAUGAGGUUUGCCUAUGUGUUUUCUGUCUGUAGUAAAUAUGGUGCACGUUCUCUCUCUAUCAAAGCCUACCAUGCAGUUACUGCUUACGCAACAUCUCCCAGCCCAAACACCAAACCCCAAAACAUGGUGCUGAUGUCACUCUGUGUGAUGUUAUAUGUGUCAGGUGUGUGAUGCGCACUAGGAUGAAGCUGCCCCGGCCUAGACGCUGAUCUAGGGUCUGUUUUUGUCUUUACCCUCUGAUGCUGAUGGGGAAGGUAAGUUGAUCCUAGAUCUGUGCCUAUGGGCACAACAGAACAUGUGUGUACCCUUCCCUCCAGACAUGUCUGAAGUUUACAAGCGAGCCAAGGCCUUUAAACAUCUCCUGUGUUAAACCUCACUGCUCUGGCUUACAGACCAGUUAUCAUCUCUAGGACCAGGAGGUUUUCCUGACCAUGUGAUCUGACCAGGGAAAACUCCUGUCUCUAGUCUUCUGGACUCCUUCAGGUAUCAGCUACCGCUUUAGCCUCACGCUACAAGGUGCUUUAGGUGCUUCUGUAACCCUGGCAACAAUAGCUCAGAGUUCAGGGGUCAGGGAAACCUCAGCGAUAUCCCAUGGUGCACUUGUUUCAUCCCCAGCUAGCCAACAGCCUUUCGCUUUAGCGUAAAAAAAAAACACGGGCAGAUAUUACUGACUAG